AUGCUUAAAGGCAUAAAGAAUCGAGGGAACACUUGUUUUCUCAACUCUCUUUUGAUUUGUCUAUCUAAAAGCCUAGUUGUUAAGAAGGUCAAAGAUGAUUUAUUUCAAUAGUUUCUAAUAUCGACACUUGAAUAUUUAAAUGAGUGUCAUGAUGCAAAAAACUUAGAAUUGUUUUGGAUUGAACUUCGAAAGAGAUAACCUACGCUAUUCUCAUAGAAUCCAGAAAAUUAAGAACCCCAAGAUGCUUUUGAAAUUUUGUUAUUUUUAUUAUCGGAAAGCAAACUUUUAGAUUACUGCUUAAUUAUUAGUUAAUCUCCUUAUUGCGAAAUCCCUGAACAUAGAGAUUGUAUUUACAUUCAUUAAAGUUGGGUGAAAGACAUUGUCUAUUAUAUAUGGGACUAAAAUGUUGAUAUCAACAAUUUAAAGCUUUUGGCCGAUGUGAAUGAUAAUUCAUAAAGUAUUAGAAUGUUUAAAAUGAUACCUGGUUCUGCAGAUUAAUACAAUUGGCAUUUAAAUGAUAAGAUGGAAACUGAUUUAUUUACUUAUCAUGUAGAAACUUAGUCUAAUGAAUAUUUGUACAAGAUUGAAAUUGUUUUAUAAUAUGUUGAAAAUGAUAUCACACAAACAAUUUUGAGAACCCGAUUCCUGUAUUUAGAAUAAAAAAUCACUUAACAUUAAUUAUAUUAUCGACUUAGACAAUAAUUAGAAUAAACUCCAGUUAACUUUGAUGUUUACAGUGUAAAUGGUUAUAUUAGUGAUUAAAAUGAACUUUGGCAACCUGUUUCGCCGUUGUAUUUGGUUUUUAGAACAAAAGAUCUAGACGAGUUUCUGUGGUGUAAAUAAUUGGAUAUUCCAAAUUAAGUUUUAAAUUAUUAGAAUUUCUUUAAAUCUGAUAAGCCCUUGUAAGUGGAAGGUUAAUUGACCAAUACAUUAAUAUUGAUAUUAUAAAGAAAUGACAUAGUCAAAAACACAAAUCCUUAUUUUAUAAGAUAGGAGCUAAAAGUUAAGACAAGAAUGUAUGAUUUAAUGGGCAUUUGUUGUCAUAUAGGUGAUGCUAAAGGCGGUCAUUACGUAAGUUACAUCAAGAAUAUGAAUAUGUGGCAAAUGUGGGAUGAUGAAAGAGUUGAAAUGCGUAAUAUAGACUUUCAAUGUAUGCAGACAGCAUAUAUUCUAUUUUAUAAGUUGAGAUGA